AGCCGCCGCCGCCGCCGCGGCUGCUGCAGGAGGCGGCGCUGGCUGGCGGCUGCGCUCGCUCCAGUCGGCGAGCGGAGCUGCGAGCGAGCGUGUGUUUUUUAAAGAUGGCGGGAGCGGCGGCGGCGGUGGCCGCCGGAGCAGCAGCUGGAGCCGCCGCGGCAGCCGUGUCGGUGGCGGCUCCGGGCCGGGCCUCGGCGCCCCCGCCGCCCCCGCCCGUAUACUGUGUGUGCCGUCAGCCGUACGACGUGAACCGCUUCAUGAUCGAGUGCGAUAUCUGCAAGGACUGGUUCCACGGCAGCUGUGUUGGAGUAGAAGAACAUCAUGCUGUUGACAUUGACCUGUAUCACUGUCCCAACUGUGCAGUUUUACACGGUUCCUCCUUGAUGAAGAAGAGGAGGAACUGGCACAGGCAUGACUACACAGAAAUUGAUGAUGGUUCCAAACCUGUGCAAGCUGGAACUAGAACUUUCAUUAAGGAAUUACGUUCUCGAGUCUUCCCAAGUGCCGAUGAAAUAAUUGUAAAGAUGCAUGGCAGCCAGCUGACACAAAGAUAUCUGGAGAAACAUGGAUUUGAUGUCCCUAUUAUGGUUCCAAAAUUAGAUGAUCUGGGACUCAGGCUCCCUCCACCUACAUUUUCUGUGAUGGAUGUGGAACGUUAUGUAGGUGGUGACAAAGUGAUAGAUGUCAUUGAUGUGGCAAGGCAGGCAGACAGCAAAAUGACACUUCACAAUUAUGUUAAAUACUUCAUGAAUCCUAACAGACCAAAAGUGUUAAAUGUGAUCAGCCUUGAAUUUUCAGAUACAAAGAUGUCUGAAUUGGUGGAAGUCCCGGAUAUAGCCAAAAAACUUUCCUGGGUGGAAAAUUAUUGGCCAGAUGAUUCAGUCUUUCCCAAGCCAUUUGUUCAGAAAUAUUGCUUAAUGGGAGUUCAAGACAGCUAUACCGAUUUCCACAUUGACUUCGGUGGAACUUCAGUCUGGUACCAUGUCCUCUGGGGUGAGAAGAUUUUUUAUUUAAUAAAGCCAACAGAUGAAAAUUUGGCACGUUAUGAAUCUUGGAGUUCAUCUGUGACCCAGAGUGAGGUGUUCUUUGGGGAUAAGGUGGAUAAAUGCUACAAAUGUGUGGUAAAGCAGGGACAUACCUUAUUUGUUCCUACAGGGUGGAUUCAUGCUGUGCUCACUUCUCAGGACUGUAUGGCUUUUGGGGGGAACUUCCUGCACAACCUUAACAUUGGCAUGCAGCUCAGGUGUUAUGAGAUGGAGAAAAGGCUAAAAACACCAGAUCUUUUCAAAUUCCCUUUCUUUGAAGCCAUAUGUUGGUUCGUAGCCAAAAACUUGCUGGAAACCCUGAAAGAACUGAGAGAAGAUGGUUUCCAGCCUCAAACUUACCUAGUACAGGGAGUGAAAGCACUGCAUACUGCUUUAAAAUUAUGGAUGAAAAAAGAACUUGUAUCUGAACAUGCCUUUGAAAUUCCAGACAACGUUAGACCUGGACACCUUAUUAAAGAACUUUCUAAAGUAAUUCGAGCAAUAGAGGAGGAAAAUGGCAAACCAGUUAAAUCUCAGGGAAUUCCUCCUGUGUGUCCAGUUUCACGAUCCUCAAAUGAAGCAACUUCCCCAUACCAUUCCCGAAGAAAGAUGAGGAAACUUCGAGAUCAUAAUGUCCGAACUCCUUCUAACCUAGACAUCCUAGAGCUCCACACAAGGGAAGUCCUCAAAAGAUUAGAGAUGUGUCCAUGGGAAGAGGACAUCUUGAGCUCUAAACUGAAUGGAAAAUUCAACAAACAUCUCCAGCCAUCUUCCACAGUACCUGAAUGGAGAGCGAAAGAUAAUGAUCUACGAUUACUGCUGACAAAUGGAAGAAUAAUUAAAGAUGAAAGACAGCCCUUCACAGAUCAGAGUCUUUAUACAGCAGAUAGUGAAAAUGAAGAGGAUAAAAGAAGGACAAAAAAGGCAAAAAUGAAGAUAGAAGAGCGUUCAGGAAUAGAGGGGGUGGAAAAUGAAGAAUCUCAGAAACCACUGAACAGGUUUUUUACACAUGUGAAAUCAGAACUCAGGAGUAGACCAUCAGGAUAUUCUGAUAUUUCUGAGUCAGAAGACUCCGGACCCGAGUGCACUGCACUGAAAAAUAAUUUUACCACUGAAGAGUCUGAAAGUUCAGGUGAUGAAAAGAAACAAGAAAUAACAUCCAACUUUAAGGAGGAAUCUAAUGUGAUGAGGAACUUCCUUCAAAAGAGCCAGAAGCCAUCUAGAAGUGAAAUUCCAGUUAAAAGGGAAUGUCCUACCUCGACGAGCACAGAGGAAGAAGCUAUUCAGGGCAUGCUAUCUAUGGCAGGGUUGCACUAUUCCACUUGUUUACAAAGGCAAAUACAAAGCACAGACUGCAGUGGUGAAAGAAGGUCUCUCCAGGAUCCCAGCAGCUGCCAUAGCAGUAACCUUGAGGUUAGGCAGUUGUAUCGCUAUGAUAAACCAGUGGAAUGUGGAUACCAUGUCAAGACUGAAGAACAAGACUUGAGGACUUCCUCCUGGAUUAAACAGUUUGAUAAUUCUAGAUUUAAUCCUCAGGAUCUAAGUAGAAGCCAGAAAUGCAUCAAAAAGGAAGGUUCAUCAGAAAUUAGUCAGAGGGUACAAAGUAGGAAUUACGUGGACAGCAGCAGCUCAAGCCUUCAGAAUGGAAAGUAUAUGCAGAAUUCAAACCUGACUUCAGGGGCGUGCCAGAUAAGUAACGGCAGUCUAAGCCCAGAAAGGCCAGUUGGUGAAACUUCCUUCUCAUUGCCCCUUCACCCCACCAAGAGACCGGCAUCAAAUCCACCACCUAUCAGCAACCAGGCAACAAAAGGUAAACGUCCAAAAAAAGGAAUGGCAACAGCCAAACAACGUCUUGGGAAGAUCCUUAAGUUGAACAGAAAUGGCCAUGCACGUUUUUUUGUGUGACAGAGCUGCUGUUGCAGCCAUUCUUCCCUUUGGAGACCAGUCUAGGGGUGCAGGAGCCUGGAGCUUCUGCCAUCCCCCUGCCUGGAGCAGUUUGUGUGAAUAGUAAGAACACUGCCCGAAGAACAGAAUGAACCUGAUGCUGCAUUUUCACUGUGCCACACCCACUCAGCAAUAACCAUUUUGGACCUGGUGGGGGAGAGGAAGAAGGAGGGUAGAACCUUAAAAAGAGACCUUGAACUGGAAAGGGUCUCUUGUCAGGGCUUAAAUUUUAUUUUGUUGUUGGUAGUGUCUGGAUGUAUUUUCAGUGGUAGGGUAAAGAAUUAUCAAUAAUUUAUUUAACAGAUUUUUUUUUAAAGUUAACAGCUUUUAAAUUCUUUUUUUAAAGCUAUUUAUUUGGAAGAUUUCUGGAGAAAUAUCUCACUAAUUUAGAUGUAAGAAUGUGACGGUUUUUAAAUUAUUUUUGAUAGUGUGUGUGUUACAUGUGGGGAAGAGCCACGGUAACAGUAACUAGUCUGGACUCUUAAAUUUGAUAUUCAGGUUAAAGUCUUAAACAGGGAUUUGAUGCAUUAAUUAUUUUAAAUUAAGAUGUAUAUGAAAAUCAUUUUAUUUUAUAUAUUUCAUGUGUUUUUUAUAAGCUAUUAGCUUCGCUUUUGCUAACAUCCAAGGUGCAUACUGUUAUCCAGGUUGAUUAACUUAUAUCUCACUUCCCUCUGCACUCCCAUCAUUUUGUGAUAACCCAGUGAGACUCUUCUCUUUGCAGGGAAACACUUUCAUAACCAAUGUGUAAGAACUCCAUAAAAGAUCCCUCAUUUUGUUUGACAUUGUGAUUUUCUUCUCAAUAUUAAAAAAAAAAUAGGCUUUUGCAUUUUCAUUUCUGCUGAUAAUAUCUGGGUCCCAAAGAGAACAGCUUUAAUAUCUUUUUCCUAUUUUAGGGAAAAGUAUUAUAAGUUUGGUUAAAUUGUCAUGUUUAUAGUUUUUCCAAAUACAUUUGUAACUACAGUGGGCCUUCUUCAUACUGCUGGUGUUGCACAACAGGACUGACACCUGCUGCAGAGGUUAUAUCUUACGACGCUUUUAUUCACCAUAUCUGAUUUGUUGAAAAUAUUUUUGACUUAGGAUAUUCAAAUCUGCAUAAGCCGUAAUAUAUAGGAUUAAUACUACAUUAAUUUGUAUAGAAGCAAGCAUGUUGGAAUAGAUUUUUUGUGUGUAUUUACUUUUUCAUUUCUUAAUUUUCUAAAGAAUUAUUUAAGAUAUGGAUUUGGAGUAAAAUGGGUGCUUCUGGCAGUUUAUUCCAUCUAUCCUAAUCUGACAAGUGCAUACUGAAGUUAAGUAUCCGGUUAAACUUUAAUCAUUUAUCUCCUUUAUGUAUAAUUUUUACUAAAUGCAGAUUUCAGUUGCUUGUAGUACCCAUUUUCCCUUUUUUUCCUUUCAUGGCAUAAAAAUAAGCGAUUUCUGGGGGUGGGGUGGAAAUGUUCUCAAGUCUGACAAUAGAGCAUUUUACAAAUUCCUACAAAGAAAAUAUAGGCAAAUAGAUAAAAUUUACUUUUGUGGGGAAGUAUGGCCAUAUUAUGGAUUUGUCUUUUUUUACUCAGCAAUAUAGCAGGACUUAACCCUUCUGUAUUAUCACUUGAAUUGCUAAUAAGAAAAAAGUCUAUACCAUCAUCUUUCAUGGUUGCAUUCAAAUGUGUAUUUUCAAAGAAAAAUAUUUCUUAGUGUCUGCAUUCCAAAAUUUCAUGGGAUAAAUAUCAAAUAGUUUAUGAAGUAGCCUUGCUGGUUCAGAUGGACCAAAGUCUGAAUCUUAUCUGGGUAUCAGGAAGAAGACUUUUGUGAAAAUCCUCAGUGUCUGUGAACAACCUGUGUAAACCCUGUCUACACUAUGCCAAAACCAGUGGGAAGAUGGGUAGAGUCAUCUUAUCUCAGGAUGUCAAAAAUCUGGGUUUGACUGAUUCCCUUACCUUCCCAUACAGUAUAUUCUUGUGAUGUGUUGGUUUUCUGUAGAUCCUGAGUUGGUGUUAACAAUAGUCAUGUUUUUAUUUUGGUUUCGAGAAAUAGGAGGUUUAAGAGCUAUAAUUUCCUUUUCCUGUAAUACCAUGAUCUGUUUUUUUUCUUUAUGUUUUUCACAACUCUGAGUAUUUUCAGUUUUUUUAGCCACAAAAAUUAAAAUGAAACUUUAUUUUUGUGAAUUAAAAUGAAAUUUAUUUUAUUUUUAUGAAUUAAAAUUGUGGCCAGUAUCCACUGUGUUCUUAGGCUGAGGAAAACUAAUUUGGAAUAGCCCGUAUGUGGAAUUCUAAAGUGAAGGUACUAUGUAUUCAUUGUUAGUAGUUUUAGCUCAUUAAGGGGCUAAGUCAGAAAACUUUCAGCAAGGUAAUAGAACCACUAAUAUAAUCCAUGUAUCUUUUUCUGAAUUGGUGAAAAUUCGGCCACUGAUCCAGUGACUCCUAGUUAAACCUCUUAUAACAUUACUGGCUGUGAUGCAUCCCUAUAGCUCAUGGAAAUAGCUGAACUUUGUGAUAACUGCCGCCAGUACCUGGGCUUAACAGUAAUAGAGAACCUCAUUCAUACACCAUACAGACACAACAACUUAGGAAGACAGCACUGAUAGCAUUUAGCUAGUUGUAAGCAAAUACAAAUAUGUAAAAUUGAGAAUUAUGAGUUAACAUAUGCAACUUUAGUAAUAGUAAUAGAUGAUAAUUUUCCUGUAUUGUUUCAAAUAAGUGACUCUUCAGCUGGGAUCCAUUGGAUUGUAAUUCACAAUGUCACAUAAUAUGCUUUUUAAUAUUGAUGAAUGAUGUAAACAAUAUAAAGUUGGCAGUUUGUAGUAGUCCAUUAUGCUAGAAAUACAUUGCACUUCAUAAGUAUCAGUUGAUUUUUAAGCGUAAAGAGUUGAAGAUUCUGACUGAAAUCAUAAACUCAGAGAAAACAAGUCCAUCUUUAUCACUAAUUAGCUUGAAUACUUUUUUUUUUUUUUUUUUUUUUGAGACGGAGUUUCACUCUUGUUACCCAGGCUGGAGUGCAAUGGCGCGGUCUUGGCUCAC